AAACACUUCGGUUUUGUAGACCUUAUCUUUCUUCCCAGGCGAAUAAGUACUGAUGAAUUGUUGAAGUGAUUUGCACUCCAAGACGCAUCAGUCGCAACAGAUGCCUCUUUCCAGAACAUGUCAAUGCCGGCCGAGUGUUUUCAAGGGCUGAUCACGAAACAGAAUUGGCGCCACCGUUGAUCAGCAUUAAGGUGGGAAAAAGCCAAGAGGGCGGGGAACAAGCUAGUGAUCCAAGUGCACUUGUGGUUGCCGAUUUUAUCCAGCGAAAACCUUACCACCAGGGGUCCAAAAAUGCCAGAGACAAGCCUGAGGGUUUCGAUAUUCGAUCAAGUUACGAAGACGACCUGAUAUUUGCUACGAUGCAGAGAAGUUUGUUCAGAUCUUUUGAGUGAUCAGCGACUCCGUUCCUCUUGAGAACAUUCUCGUGCCUUAGUUAAAGCUUCUCGAAAGAGAGAUGAGAUCCCACUUGUAUCCGCGUGUUUGUCUAUGGCCGAAAGUGCCUACUGUCCCACAAGUAUAUUUUACUUUGGCGAUUAUUUCGGUUCUUUGUGGAAACCUUCUGGCCUGUGGUCCUGGGCCAACCGGAAGAAAUACUCGUUCCAGGACUCCGAUGAAGUUUCGACAAAGAAUCCCUGAUGUGGAGGAGACCUCAAUACAAGCCAGUGGAGAAUAUGUUGGUCGAGUAAAGAGAAGUGAAUUGGAGGAAAAUUUUAACCCAGAUAUCGUUUUCAAAAACGACGAAAAAAAUGAAGAUGAUAGAAGAAUGACCAAGAAUUGCCAAGACAAACUCGCCAUUUUAGCAUCUGCCGUGAAAACAAAAUGGGGAGUAAGACUCCGAGUUAUCGAUGCUUACGAUGUAGAUAGCGGCAGAAAAAGGCACCAUGGUAAGCACUCUCUACACCAUGAAGGACGAGCUGUCGACAUAGCUACGGAGGACCUUGAUAAGAAUAAAUACCCACAGUUAGGAAGGAUGGCCAAUGAGGCUGGAUUUGAUUGGGUUUAUUAUGCAACUAGAGGCUACAUUCACGCAUCUGUUAAAACUGAAGAUGCUGAACAAGAAAGGCUGAGUUACAACUGCUUUCCUGAAACAGCUUCUGUUCACCUCGAAGGAGGACGUACAAAGACUAUGAAGGAGCUUAGAAUUGGAGACAAAGUUGCGGCCAUGGAUACAAGUGGUCGCAUAGUUUAUAGCAGAGUGGUGACAUUUCUAGACAUCAAACCCAACACUUCUGGUGAAUAUAUAUCCAUCCAGACGAGAAACCCUGCGGCUGAAGUGACAAUUACGGAAUCGCAUUUGAUCUAUCAGCUAAACAAACAUUCGCCGCUGGAGUCGGUGCGUUUUGCACGGGACUUAAGAGUCGGAGACUUUGUUUAUAUUCGAAACGGUGCUGGUUUGGAGAAAUUCACAGCUGGACGCGUGAAUGGAGUCAAACGGAGCACAGCGAAGGGGGCAUACGCACCACUCACGGAAACUGGAAACAUCGUAGUUGAUAACGUCCUCUGCUCGUGUUACGCCGUGAUUUCCAGUCAUGAAUUAGCUCAUUGGAGUUUCGCCCCAUUGAGGUUUGCAGAUUGGCUGUUCCCGGGCAUCACUGCUCACAGUAGCUCAGGUAUGCAUUGGUAUGCAAGAAUCCUUCAUAAAAUUUACACAAGUUGGUAUGACAUUACCUCCGGUAUCUAGGUAAAACUUCCAAAAGCUAAUCCUUUCAUUAUGGCACCUGUGAUCUUGACCAAGGCGAAGUCAGUGGAUAUCGUGUGUAGAGGCUAGAAACGACUCUACGUGCCGCUUCAGUUCACAGCAAUGUGGUUUAUUCUAUGUCGACUUCAAGUGUAAUUACAUACUUGGCAGUAUCAAAAUAUCAGAAUCAGCAAAGACUGCAAGGUUUCCAAGAGGUGAAACCUCGUAAAACUGCAUAAUUCUCAGAAUUCCCAACGGGACUUCUUGAGAGUGCUGUGAUCAAUUUCUCGGCAUCAGACUUUUGUAUUCUAAAUUAUUUGAUUUUUAUUGAAUAUGACUGUUAGAUACAAUGUUAAUUAGGCUAAUUAUGGCCUGUCAUUGGCACCCCGCUAACAGCACUUACCAGUUCGCUUAUCAACUAUUUACCUUGGCGAUCUUAAGCUUAAGCCCGCAGCUCAGCAGAGGAAGCUUGUAUGAUGUAUACAAAGAGCGUUUAGUUUUAUGUAAUAUUCUGCAUGUUAUGGGUAACUUAGCAAAAAUUUACCCAAGCAGUAGAAUUAACAAAAAUAUCAGAGAGGUUUGAUUCAUUGAGAAAAUUUAUUAUAUGCAAAAUAACCCUGAUGUAAAUAGAUAUUGUAUUAAGGUGCUUUGAAUUGGAGCCCUGGCCACUGUUCGUAAGAAGCUCUUUCAUUACGGUUUACUUUUUUGGACAAUCGAUCAGGAAAACCUUUUUGUGCUCUCUGUCUGGUAGUUUGCUCGAUAGCGUAAAGUUCAUCUACUCAACACACGAAAUUCCUAAAUGAGUAAUUCCUCUUAAGGUUAGGAGAAAUGAUUAUAUAAUUUUAUUUUUUUCCUCUGAGGAACGAAUUGCAGUUAGUUGGUUUAUACAAGUACCUUUUUUAUUGUAUUUAUUACAAUUCCACUAAAACAAAACCGUAGAGUUUUAGAUGAAUUUAAACAAUUUAAAUAAGAAAAAAAAUCAAUAUUGCAAAAGUUGAAUUAUAUGCUAGAAAUGUGAUUUGCGUCAUGUUAGUUUCGUCUCACCAUAAUCUGUCUCGAUCGUAUCUAAUGAAUUAAUGGUUUGACUAAGCUUUACAGAAAAUACUUUGUUACGAUACCGUUUGAUAUUGAUCUAAGCACUGUUUUGUUAUAAACCAUUUGCAGAUCCCUCAAAAUGGACAUUCCAUCACGGUUGAAUUUUUAUCGAAGACUCUGAUUCAUCAAAACAAAUUCUUGAAUUUGUUAACUAUCCCCACCUCUGCAAUAAUUGUGGCCCACUAUAUAUGUAAACGUAAACUGAGAGUUGUAUGCUGAUCAAAAACGUAGUCGCACCAUAUAUAUGGACUUGGGUUUAGAAGGUGUUGCAUUGGUUUAAAACCGGGAAAUGGGGUGGUAAACAGAUAGAUUUCCAUUCCAUUGUAAAGCACAUGACAACCAAACAAUAUUGCUGGCAAUAAACGCGAGAGAGCAUGUAACCUGCUUCCAACGGUGGAAAAUCUACUUAGUUCUUAGUUCAUUCGUGAUUGGCUGAAAAAGCAUUCCUCUUCGAUUUACAGAAUAACUAAGAGACUAUUAUGUACGUUUUUUUAACGCCAGUUUGUAGCCUUUACAAUUUGCUUCCAACUUCAAAGAAAAAUAUUUGUCAGCAAAACUAAGACCGGAGUUUUUUAAAAAAAUUCACAACUCAAAUGUGAAAUCUUAAAAGCAUUGUAAUUAUAUAGCUGUACAUUAAUAAGAUUUUGAACGCCCUAAAUAAACAACU